AUGACGACUUCGCUGCUGGUGCAUCCACGCUGGGCGGACAGCUUGAUGUACGUUUAUGAAAAAAGCCCGAAUGAAAGCGGCCCGAAUAAAAACCAAACAAUGGAGGGACUGAGCGCUAAUUGCCCCGCGACUCACUGCAGGGACCUGAUGUCGCACCCAGCCCUGGGACGACACUCCGGCCCCAUCGCGACCCACCAAGGCUCCGUCUACUCGGAUAUUUCCUCGCCGGACACCGCUCGCCAGUGUCCCGCCACGCAGUCGUCCUCGGGCGCCCCGCUCAGCUACGGCUACCCGUUCGGGGGGCCCUACUACGGCUGUCGGCUGUCCCACUCGCAGCAGAAGCCGUGCUCGUACCACCCCGCGGACAAAUACGCAGAGCCCACCACGGCGCUGCCCACCGAGGAACUGUCGAGCCGAGCCAAAGAGUUUGCCUUCUACCCCAGCUUCGCCAGCUCGUACCAGGCCGUGCCGGGAUAUCUGGACGUGUCGGUGGUGCCCGGCAUCAGCGGCCACCCCGAGCCGAGGCACGACGCCCUCAUCCCCAUGGAGGGCUACCAGCACUGGGCUCUCUCCAAUGGCUGGGAUGGGCAGGUGUACUGCUCCAAGGACCAGACGCAGUCGAACCAUCUGUGGAAGUCGCCAUUUCCAGACGUGGUGCCCCUGCCGCCCGAGGUGAGCAGUUACCGUCGCGGCCGUAAAAAGCGCGUCCCGUACACCAAGGUGCAGCUGAAGGAGCUGGAGAAGGAGUACGCGGCCAGCAAGUUCAUCACCAAAGACAAGAGGAGACGCAUCUCGGCCGCCACCAACCUCUCAGAGCGCCAAGUCACCAUCUGGUUCCAGAACCGGCGUGUCAAGGAGAAGAAAUUCGUCAGUAAAACCAAGAGCAACCACCUGCACACCACUUGA